AGCACAAAAUGGCGACGUAAUCUGUAUAGCUACCAAAUUUAAGGCCGACUAAAAUACAGUCAAUUAUUUAGCAUUUAACCAAAGUUGACACAUUGUUCGACUCAUUUGAAAGGUAAAAUAAAUCCAAAAUGGUGAGUAAUAACACGUGAAAGUGUAACAUCUUGUAUAAUGUAUAAUAUAAAUGUAAUACAGUUAUGUAGGCCUGUUAAAUAAUUGCUGGCAAACUAAUAAUAAAUAAUUUUACUAGGACUACUACUACUAACUAUAAGUUGCAGACCUAAAAUUAAUAGGAAUAGUAGCAAAAAUAGGCUAGGUACAACAUAAGUUGGCCCAUAAGUUAUUAAUAUUAUUACAGGAGGUCCUUAUUUUAUUGCUGUUUUCCGUUUUUCGAUGGUGAUGUCGAUGUAACAGUAACUUGAAAUCUGCUGUAUUUUGACAAGCACUCUCUAUUGACAUGUAAACUGCGUGUAUUAUAAAUGUACAUUUACAUAUUAUUAUAUGUAUGUAGCAAGAUAUAUAAAUGCAUGAAUGUAGGCCUACAUCAAAUUUAAGAUUUUAUUAUUAAAACAAAUUAGAAUCUAAUUUAGAUGAAACAUGGUUUGAAGCCAUUGUUGUUAAAGUCCAAUUGAAAUUGUAAUAAUAAAUAACAGAAACAACACUGCUCUACAUAUCACAAUGAAGUCUGGGUAAAUGUUGGUUUGGCAUGCCACUCAUUAUCCAGUGCCGCCAUCUCAGUUCAUCCCAUCAGCGACAGCAAAGAAUCCAUGUCAUCUACCAUGGCUAAACGCACGGCUCAAGAAGCUGCUAAAGAGAAAGAAGAGACUAUUGAAGUAAUCCCAAACUAACAAUAACUGGACCCUGUACCGCCAGUUCCAAAAACAUUGUUGUAGGGAACUAAGAAGAGGAGAGUGGCAGUACAUAAAUGGAGUCAUUCAAGAAGGCCUCGAAAACAACAACACAAAACCCUUCUGGCGCUACUUUAAAUCCAGGAAGCAAGACAACAUCGGCAUAGCCCCCCUACUAGAAAACGGGCAACUUGUAAGUGAUGGAUAAUACAAAGCAGAAAUUCUCCUAAAACAGUUUCAAUCCGUCUUCACCUAGAUCUCCACCACAGUCAUUCCAUCCCUAAAACCUUCAACUGGUACAAUAGGCCCCCUCAACAUUACUGAAACCGGAGUAGCAAAACUUCUAAAAAACCUGAAACCCAAUAAAGCGCCCGGACCCGACAGUAUCCCGAACAUUGUCCUGAAGACCUUGGCUGACAACAUCGCCCCAACCAUGACCCACAUUUUCCAAAAGUCGCUUGACUCCGCAAACUUCCUCUAGACUGGCUUGAUGCAAACAUCACUAGUGCCUACAAGAAAGGUGACCGUCAUAACCCAGCAAAUUACCGCCCAAUAUCCCUGACCUCCGUUCCAUGCAAAUCCCUGGAACACAUCAUCUAUAGCCACAUCAUAAGCCACCUUGCACAGUACAACAUUUUGAACAACCUAAAUCAUGGUUUCCGCUCCGGAUUCUCAACGGAAACUCAGUUACUCAUCACCACCAAUGACGUCCUAGCCUCCUAUGACAAAGGCACCCAGGUCGACAUGGUAAUUUUUGACUUCUCCAAAGCUUUCGACACUGUUCCACACAGCCUUCUUCUACAUAAGCUCCACCACUACGGCAUUACCGGCAACCUUCACUCAUGGCUCUCAACAUUCCUAACACAACGUACCAUGCAAGUAGUGGUAGAUGGCGUCAAAUCAGGGAAAGUCACCGUAGACUCAGGAGUUCCACAAGGCACAGUGCUGGGCCCUCUUCUCUUUCUCUGUCACAUUAACGACCUACCCGAUACAGUAAAUUCUCAAGUGCGGCUGUUCGCUGACGACUGUCUUAUCUACAGAGAGAUAAACAGCAACGAUGACCACAACCACCUCCAAACAGAUUUGAAGUGCCUUUUGAAUUGGGCGGACACAUGGGGCAUGAAAUUUAAUGAAAACGUAUGCUACACUAUAACAAUCUCAAGAAAAAAAGCCAUCAACUCGUAUUUACUCACUAAACGAGACAAUCCUCCAAGUAUCCAAUAGUCCAUACCUUGGAAUUCUCUUCUCCAAUAACCUAAAAUGGUCACCCCAUAUAAACAAAAUUUAAAAAAGGCCAACUCCACCCUUGGUUUCAUCCAAAGAAAUCUGCGCCACUGCCCAACUUCCUGCAAACGGAAUGCCUAUCUCGCACUCGUCCGUCCACUACUGGAAUAUGGUGCGAUCAUCUGGGACCCACACCUUAAGCAAGACGUGGACACGAUGGAGCAAAUUCAACGAAACGCGGUGCGUUUUAUCGCUCACCACUACAAAUCCACCACUCCUGGCUUCGUCACUGGCCUCUUAAAAAGAUUUGACAUCCCUCCCCUUAAAGACAGACGAGAGGGACUCCGCCCGACAUUCUUAUAUAAAGUGAUCAUGGGACUGGUGCGGCCAUCCCAGCAGGCACAUACCUCAGCCCACAGAAGCCGGGUAGACUGAUCAGAGCAAAACGCUCACUGAACAUGGAUUUCACCACUGACUUCCCAUAAACAAUUACACCAGAAACAAUAGCAAAUGCUUCAAAGUGCCUCAGUGCAACACAGUGCAGUAUCAACAAUCUUUCUUUCCACGAACAAUAAUAGCAUGGAACAACCUGAACGAUGCAACUGUGAAUUUGACAUCAGUCAUAAGCUUCAAGGCUGCCCUGGCAUCAGCUAGGAGCUAUUAGAAUAGCAACAUCAUACCCCCAACCGUUGCAAAAAUGCCAGUGCAUGGAUGCAGUAACGAAACAUUACCAGAACCAUAACCAGUUGCAUGAAGCAUUCUGGGUCAUGGCAACCAUGAUGCGUCAGAGUAAAAAAAAAAUUCGUGCUAACAUGGGGAGGGGAAAGGGGGAAAAUGUGCUGUUUUAGCUAUUUACAGAAAAACAAUAUGAAAUAAUUUUUAAAUAAUGACAGCCCAACAGUUUCAUAGAAUACACUUUUACGCACUUUAUUAUAGGUUCCAUCAAAAAUUAUAUCCAGAAGUUGUUAGAAAUCGAUACAAUACUAAUUUUCCAAAAUGUUGGAAAAUUUAAAUAUUAUAAUUAACCACCCAAUGAAAUUAUAAUUAAAAGCAUUCUACCAGCAUAUUGGUAUUAAUUUUAUCCAAAAUAAAAUAGAGAGAAUGCUACAAUGAAACUCAAAGUUGCAUGCCAGGCAAUACUAGCCUAAAUCUGGACAACAAGGUCAGGUAAUUAAAAUUGCUUGGGAUGCUGGAUGUUGUGUGGUAUUCUGUGAGCUAGUCUACGAACUUCCAUGAUAAAAUAGUGCUUACUCACAUGCUUAAAAAAACUACUACAUUUAAAAAAUAAAAGAUAGUCUUAUUUUUUUCUCGCUCGAAACAACCGCAGUAACAUCAAAUCUGCUGUAAAAUGAACCACGAUAAAAUGAGGACCAAAACUAAAAGCUCCAUAGGGAGGCCUAUAUUAUUUAUUAUUUUAGCCUAUGAUUGUGAAAAUGAACUUUACUGUGAUACAUUAUUGCAAGGGUUUUGCCAGUUUGCGAUCAGUAUACCAGCAACCUCACAGCACACCAGUAUUCAAACUACAACACAAGGAAUGUAGCUAAUUUUAGUUAAUGGCCUUGUCACUGACAAUGACAUCUCUAGUUCAUUAGCAACGGCCACAACUUAUUUGAAAAUUUGGAUUUCAGUCCUAUAGCAUAGUUUCAGUUUGUCAACUGAUUUGUUGCAAAAGCUCAAUUAAUGUUUAUAAUGGAAGUCCUACAAGUCUGAACCAACUGAUUUGGAAACAUUUUAAAAUUAUUAAAAGCUAUUUUCUUAAUCCAAGCAAAAAAAAUGUGACACCCCUCCCCCCCUAGAUGCGUGACAUCAUUUAUGAUGAACGUAGUGAAGAUUGUCUGUCAGUCACACCAAGUUAGUUUGACUGUCAAUAUUUAGUCUUGCAGUAAACACCCUAUUUCACAUCAGUACAAUCUGUAUAACAAUUAAUAUAUUUAAUAUAUAUUAUGCUUAAUAAUAACACAAUUUAAAUAUUUUACUGACAUAAAAGUAAAAUUUAAGAAAAUAUUGUUGCUUAAGAAUCUCAUGGAAAUCUGUAAUGGAGAAGAAAUCCCUGCCUUAAUUCUAGCAUGGCAUAAAAAUUCCUUUGUGUCAUAAUCAUCACUGAACUACACAUAACCUAAUUGUUUACUCUAACAAUUGUAUUUUUUUUUCCUUCAUAUUUUUUCAUAUUAAUAUCAAACAACAAAUUCAGAUUAUUUUUGUGCUGACAUAUUUUAUGGUACUAGAAAACAGCUCAAUCGAAAAAUGUUAAACUUUUUUAAAGCCUCCCUUAGCUCAUCCAGUGGUCUAUUAAAAACAACAACAUAAAAACCCUAUUAUUAGUGUACUUACAUUUAAAUGCAAUGACCAGAGCUCAGCAACCUCUUCUCCUGCAUGCCACACCCUAGGUCUUUUCAAGAAUUCUGUGGCAUGCCACAAGUAGAAACAUGCAAAAAAUAUACUAAAAACUUGCUAUAGCUAACAUUCAUAAUGACUUGUAAUAAACAUAUUAGAUUACUCUGUAUUGCUCUAUGUCAGGGUUUCCCAAACUGGAGUGGUCACAUUUUAAAGGGUGAGAGGAAAGGGGAUAUCAGAGUGGAUGAGACAUUAGCUUUUUAAGUAUGCCAUAAAUGUUUCAUAUAUUUUUAACACAUGUUCAUUAAUAAUUUCCUUUAAUAGUCAUAAGUUUAUUUUUUAUAGUUCUACACAUCUCUUUGCAGUUCAAUAAAUAAUCAGAAGCCCAUUAUUUCAAAAUAAAUUCCUACUUUUGUAGAGGGUGCAAAACUUAGUGAAACAAUUUGUAGGGGUUGUAGUGUAGAAAUGGUUGGGAAACACUGCUCUUUGUAAACUGUCAGUAUUGGGCACAUUUCAGUUAUCUCAGUGGUAAUAUGCUCACAAUGUCCUUUUGUCAGACAUUGUCAUGGCACACCAGAUGUGGGGCUCUGGCACAGAUCAAUUAAAGUGUUUAAAUAAAUUCAAGAUAUUUGUUUAAUUGAUCGUGAAGACAUUUUAAGAUUGUAUUUUAUAAUUUUUUACCAAGUUGUAUUUUUGUUCUUUUAUUGUUUGCAGAUGAAGUGGCAAGGAUGCUGUCUUCUUUUGCUUAUUUUUGGAACAGCAGAGGCAUUAAUAAGUAAGACUCAUAUAAAAUGGAAAUACAUGUAAAAAGGAGCACAUAUAAAAGUAGAAACAUGAUUUAAGAUAACGAUCACAUUAGAAUUUUGGUUCAGUAACUAAAUUUCUUUUAAAUUUAAUAAAAAUUUAAUAAAAUUUUUAAUUUAAUAAAUUUAAUUUAAAUUUUUUACCUUUAAAAACCUGAUAAGGGAUUAUUUUAAAAGUUUAAAUUUUUUUAUGAUGACAGAUUUUCCUCAGCUCAACCACUUAAGAGCUAAAGCUGCUCCAAAUGUGCAAGCCCAAGCAGUUAAAGACUUGAUUGGUCGCUUAAUCAAGGCGAGGGCAUCUGAAUUUGCUGUUUUUGUUGAUCCUAAUAUUGGACCCAAAAAUCGAGAUACAUUCCAGGUGAUUUUAUUAUUUAAUUGGGAUAUAUAAAGUUCUGAAUAAUCCCAUUUGAUAAGAAACACAUUUUUUAAAUUGUUAAAAAUGAAAUUUUGCUUUUGAUAAAUUUCUUACAUAAUCUUAACAACUGAUGGCAAAAGCUUAUUUUAUCCUUUAACUCUUUUUAUGAACACUAUCAAACCAGUACCCAGUACAUUAUUUUCUUCUGAAAAAUUUAAGAUGAAUGAAUCCUUGUAUCAAAAGUUCUAAUUAUAAAUCUUAAACAUUUUUUAAUCAGUAAUUGAUUUGUGUUCUGUCUUUAGCUGAGAUCAACAGAAAAUGGAAUUGAGAUUACUGGAACAACUGGUGUUGCUGCAUCCAUGGGGUUUUAUUACUAUCUGAAGUACUUCUGCCUGGGUCAGCGUACAUGGGCUGGGCAGCAGACAGAGUUGCCAUCAACUCUUCCUGUGAUCACAUCACCCAUCAAAGUAACAACUAAUGACCAGUAUGUGGCAUUUUUAAAAACUAAGUAACUUAUGCAAAAUAAAUUUGAGUAUUUCAAUCAACCCUUAUCAUCACCUAUAAACAAUAAUCCCAUUCAACAUAAUUGUGCAUAAUUAUUUUCUAGUUAUGAUACAGAGGUAGCAUGUUUGCCUGUUCCCAUUUUAAAAAUUCUGUUGUGUCCAAAUUGAUGGUUAUAAUAACACUUGAAUCUUAUACUAUAAUAUCUUAGCCGUGAUUGAUUUGCCUUCUAAUUUAUUAUUUUUAAAAAUUUGUACAGGUUUCGAUACUAUCAAAAUGUUUGUACACUUAGCUACACCAUGGCAUUUUGGGCCUGGGAUAGGUGGGAACAGGAAAUUGAUUGGAUGGCUCUGCAUGGAAUCAAUCUCCCUCUGGCGUUUGUUGGCCAGGAGGCAAUAUUUCAAAGAGUAAGUAUUGUUUUUCUCACUUUCACUGAAACACUCUAAACAACUGGUUUUGCUUUUAGAGAGUCUUUUAUUUUAAUAAUUUGAAAGAAACUAAGAACUUAAGUCAUAAUUUGUAAUGCAUUGUAAUUUUUUAUUUAAUAACCAAAGCAACAUUUUUUAAACCUAGAUCUCUUAAAACUCAGUUAAUCUUAUUUAUUGGAUACAAACAAUUUACAAGAUUUAAACAGUUUAAAAAAAAAAAGUCCAUUUGCUUAAGUUCAUCAAAUGUUGGGUCAUGUUUUGAUGUGAGCCACUCUUAAGAGGUCUUUCAUUUCACGGGAGCAUUUUAAUGAGAUUUUAUCAAGAUAUCUCAUCAUGUGUAGGCAUUUUUAAGUCUGCACAUUUGAAUACACAAAAUAACAAAACAUGGAAUAAACAAGGCAUAAAAUAAACAUGAUUUUGGCUUCAAAGCUUAACUUUGAUCAUCUUUAAUGACUGCAUCUAUUUAUGUUAGAAUUGUGGACACUAAGAAUAAAUGACUUAUCCUUGAAUUCCAUUCUAGGUUUAUCUAGGCAUGGGGUUCACCCAGGCAGAUAUGGAUGAGCAUUUUGGAGGGCCAGCCUUUUUAGCCUGGUGAGUAGCUUGGCUCAUUUAUUCAGGUCAGCUUAUAUUUCUCAAUGGUCCGGACUUGUUUGUACCAUAUCUUAACUUGUAGAUAGCAUAAAAAAACAAGUAUUUGUGCUGUGCUUUUAAUUUUAAAAAAAUGAGAUCCAAGAUUAAACGAUGUCAAUAUAAUUGUCUUUUAAACAAACAGUUUUUAACACUGUCACAGUUUGUAAUUUUUUCCUUAAAGGAUGUAUAAAUAAUGAAUGUGUUCUAUAUUGUUUGUCUGAAGGGCCAGAAUGGGUAACAUUGAAGGUUGGGGUGGUCCACUGCCACAGAUGUGGAAAACAAACAAAUUAUUGCUGCAGCACAAAAUACUUGAUCGCAUGCGAUCACUCGGUAUGAUACCUGUAUUACCAGCAUUUGCUGGGCAUGUGCCAAGGUCAAUAGUGAGGUCAGUAUGUGGGCUUAAAACAAACUUUUGUAAUAUUUCUUUUAAAUAAAGUUUUUUAAAAUUAAUCAGUGCUUAAAAUUAGUUAUUCUCAACAAAUGCGUACCUACAUUUAUGGACUCAAAAAUUGCAAUCACAAAUUGGUUGUAUUAUUUUUAACAUUUUAAGUACACAUUUACUUAAAGUGGUUGUUUAAAUAUUGUUACUAACCUUUUUGUGUGCAUUUUUCAGAGUAUUUCCAGAAGCUAAUGUGACUCGUUUGGGUGAAUGGGGUGGAUUUAACUCCACAUAUUCAGGGUAAGAUGAGAAAUCAAACGUCAGUUUUAAAACAGGGAUUACUUCCCUGCUGUUAUUGAAAUGAAAAAAAAAAAUUCUUAAGCUGACAUAAAUACCUUAAUGUUAAGUCAAAACUGUUUGCCUAAAAAUAUUAAUUAUCUCUUAAACAGGAUUUACCUUCUAGAUUUCCAAGAUCCUUUGUUCAACAAAAUAAGUCAAGCCUUCAUAGAAGCAGUACGUUAUUGAUAAGAAUCAUUUGUUUAGGUUUUUAAUACUUUGGUCAACCCUUGGUGCUUUGAUUUAAAAAACAAAAAAAUUAGUUCAUCAUUAUAAGAUUUAUAAUAAGGCUAUUUAAUUCUGCUAUUAUGUUAGUAUGAUUUUUUUUGUGCCUUUAAUUUAAUAUAUUUAAUCUUAAUAUUUCUUUUGCAGCAAACCAAUGAGUAUGGAACUGAUCAUAUAUACAACACUGACACAUUUAAUGAGAUGAACCCAAAGUCGAGGUACUAGAAAAUGACAUAUUUAUUUAUUACAUCUGUAAAGGUCUUUAAUAACAUAGCCUCUGCCAAACAGUUUAAAAAGUAAUAAUUUAGGAUGACUAUUGUAACAUUUAUCUCAAUGCCCGAUCUAUGUUUGAAAAUAGUUUUUUUAAAUAAUAAUUUCAUUUUUCUUUUGUCAUGUGCUUUCAAAAGUUAAUCAGUAAUGAAGUGCAUGUGUAUUAGUUUAUAUCUUUAUGGUAAUAUUUUCAUGGGUCAAUGUCUUUUUAAAUAAUUUACAAUCAAUAUUUUUUAACAUUAGUUAGAGAAAAAGUCAAUUUUAUCAUAAGACAUGGUUUUUAUCAUUAUAAAGGAACAUAUGUUUAUUAUGAAUGGCUUUAUAUUUAUUAGUAAUGAGAGAUUUGUUUUUGAUCUCAGUGAUCCUGCUUAUGUUAGCACAGCUGGGAAAGCAGUUUUCUCUGGAAUGGUGGCUGGAGAUCCUCAGUCCAUUUGGUAAAUUCAAAAUCAGAUCUACUGUCAUCUUUUUAUUUAAAAAAAAUUUAAUUAUGCUGUAUUUCAUUUUUUUUGAAAAUUGUGAACAAACAUGUAAAAAUCGAAACCUAAAAUAUCUAGAAUAUUUUUCAAACUUUUUGUUUAAAGAAAAUGUUUCUUGUAACAACCUUAUUUUUAUCCCUUAAAAUUUUACAAUUAUUUUGCCUUAACGAAGGGAAAUUAUUUGUUCUUCUUCCUAAAAUUUAAAAAAAGCAAAGAAAUUAUGGUUACACAGAAUAUAAAUGCCAACGUUUCAGCAAAUGCCUUCUUCAGUACAACAAAAAACAUUUUUAUAAGUAUAAAUUAUAUAUACAUAUAAUGUAGAUUUAAUUUAUACUUAUAUAAAUUUUUUUGUUGUACCGAAGAAGGCAUUUGCUGAAAUAUUUAAAUUUGUAUUCUAUGUUACAAUUAUUAAAGCUUAACUUGUCUUGUUUUAUGUAAACAAAUUGUUUGUGUCAAAUUGAUCUACUUGAAAGCUUCAUCACACUCCAAAACUCUUAUAAUUUGUUAAUAAAAUAAAUGAAAAUUCUUUUUUUUUUUAUGUUCUGUAUUUUUGGGUUUUUUAUCCCAGAAUUCUUAAAGCAGUUUUAAAAUGCACCAAGAUGGCCGGUAUCUUCAAUGUCAGUUAAUGUUAUCAAUCUGCCUAGUGUCUGGGAUUUUACCAUUUAAUUAUAGGGCCAGUUAAAGGUUUACUCAGCAUAGAGAGUUCUUGAAUUCACAAAAUAGUAAUGACAUAAAUAUCUAAGUACAGUUGAACAUUUCAUAGGUUAAUGCAAGGAUGGCUGUUUGGCAACUCUGAAUACUGGAAACCACCAUUGGUCAAAGCUCUAGUGACUUCUGUGCCUCAGGUUGGUAACCUUUAUGAUUAUGUCCUCUGAGAAUAAAGAAAAACCAUUAUGAAAUAAAAACUAUCACUUGUUCUACUUAAUCCAUUACAAACCUUUAGAAUACAUUUUUAAAACAAAUAUUGUCAUAUUUUUCACUCAGGGCACUGCUUAAUUUCUAUCAGGUGGAUAACUAUUUUCAUGUUGAUGCUAAUGAAUUUUUAUUUUUAUUGUCAUUUAAGACCUGAGAAAUUUCUGAAAUUGUUUAUGUGUUGGUUGUUUAACUUAAAAUCUGUUGUCACUCGCUUUUUUUCAUGACAGGGUAGAAUGAUAAUUCUUGACCUGGCAUCAGAGACAGGUCCUUUGUACAGUAAGUUUGAAUCUUAUUAUGGCCAACCAUUUAUUUGGUGUAUGCUACACAAUUUUGGUGGUACCAUGGAGCUGUAUGGGGCCGUGGAUCAAAUUAACAAGGUUUGUGUUAUAAUACUUAAGCUGUCAUUUGCAUUCAGUCAUCUCUGUAUUGUAUUCUAGCAUUAUCAACGUGUGCUUUUUAACAAAGUGGCAUUGGAAGGUUUCAAGACUUCAUUUAUUGUGACUUCAACAUUGACCCCUUACAAUGUUAUGAAUGCAGGUCAAUUUGAACAACAUACUUGAAUCAAAGUUUUUUUGUUCAAAAACAGCAGCAAAAAAAGCUUGCUUAUUUUGUUUAUUGGCAACAUAAUCACCAAGAAUUGUUCCCUUGGGGCUCGGCCCUAACAGCAUCAUAAGGAGUUUUGGAGCAGAAGUUUGACAAAAAGAGAAUAUAACACUUGCACAGAUAUGUGUGCUGUAUCAUAGCAAUGCCCCUGACCACAUCUCUUGCGGGCAUGACAGUGUUUGACAUAAAACAGCAUGGUGGUUGUCACACAUACUAUUGACAUAAACAGCAUGGUGGUUGUCACACAUACUAUUGACAUAAACAACAUGGUGGUUGUCACACAUACUAUUGACAUAAACAACAUGGUGGUUGUCACACAUACUCCAUACCCACCUGACCAAGCCCCUUAUGGGCCUCACUUCAGCACUCUAGAAAAAUCCAAGUGAAACUGUUGAGGCAUUGAAGAGGCACUGCCAUUGUUGUGUGUAUACCCAGGUGGACUAUAUUUAAGGCAAUAACAUUGUAUUGUACUAAUAACCAUUCUUCCAUUUGAGUAAUUUUUAGUGUAUAUUCAUUUAAAUGAAACUAUUAUUUCAUGACUGAUAAAUUUCCCAGAACAGACUUUAAAUCUUUUGAUUCCAGUUAACAUUUACCUAUAGCUUUAAAGACUUGCAAAUGUUAAUAUUUUUUAACACUUCAAUUUGUAGGGACCAUUUCUAGGCCGGCAGUUCCCAAACUCCACAAUGGUUGGUAUUGGACUUACUCCUGAAGGUAUACAUCAGAAUGAGGUCAUGUAUGAAUUCAUGAUGGAGAACUCUUGGAGAACUCAACCAAGGGACAUCAAUGAUUGGUGAGUAAAUUGUUAACAGUUUAGAUCAUGACUUUCUAACUUGAGAGAGAAACUGAUCACAUCACUUAAACUCGAAUACAAUUUUAAGCUGAAAUUAAAUGUUAAACUCUAAAUAUUUCCUUGAUUGAUGCAAGUUAACUCACAUGACACAUAUAAUUAGUCUUUAAUUAUGAAAUGUGUUUUGCAUCUCAAGGGUUACAUCUUUUGCCAAUCAGCGCUAUGGCGCUGAAAGUCCUCCUGCUAUAGCUGCAUGGAAACUUCUUAUGGUGAGCAAAGGAAAAAUAACUUGUGAUUUUUAAAAAAAAUUGUUCAUUUUUUAACUCUUCGAGAAGAUCAUUUAAAUUGUUAUUUAAUUAUUAAAUUCUUAUUCCCAUUUCUUCAAAUAAAAAUGGUUCCAGUAUUUGAUAAAUGAGAAUUUGGUGAUUACCAUUAAAAGUUCUAAAUGUGACCAAUAACUUACAGGUUAAAAUAUUUGAAGAAUGGCAAUAACAAAAAUAAAAAGGCAACAUAAGAUUAAAUUGUAUUCCAAUCACACAUUAGUACACAUUUUUAACGUAAGAGUUCAUUUUAAAUUAACAGCUUAAGUUAAUUUAAACUUAUAAUAAAAUAUAAUCCAUGGUCAGUAGAAUGAAUGCUAGAUAAAGAUUAGUGUUUUUCAACCUCACUGCUUUUAUUCCCAUGUUGAGAGUUAAAUAAUUCAUCAAUGAAAUUAAGAAAAUAUGCAUUACAUAAAAAUUGUGUAAAUUAAUAGAAUUGAUAAGUUAUAAAAGGUUGAGGCUUUAGGCCCUGUUUAAAAAUAUGUGCCAUUAUUUGCAAUGCUUACAGAAAAGUGUAUACAAUGCCACUGAUGGCCAUAGAGAUCACAAUACUGUUGUCUUUGCCAGACGACCUUCUUUGAAUUACAGUGGCCAGGAUGUAAGUUUAAAACAAGCAUGCCAUAAAUAAUUGAGCCAAGAGCACGGGAGUUUUAGAAGAAUACUCUCUUGCGCUAUUGGUAUCAUGAACUCUUAUAUUUCUGUUUAAUAAGGGAUUUGUCUUUCCCUGUUAGAAAAGUGUUUACAAUGCUUCAACUCAUGUUCGAGACUUUGACAAUGUCUUAAUCACUCUGAGACCAACUCCCACUUACGAUAUCUUUCAAGAUGUAAGUAAAAAAAAUUUUUCCUCCAUAUUUAAAUUAUUUAUUGUUCAAUUUUGUUUGGCCACAUUAUCUUACCAUAACAGCCCCCUAACUGCUACAUAACAAUGGAGAAUGAAGUUUAUCAAACUUAAUAAUUAUCUUUGUUUUUCCAUACAACUGUCAGUCAUUCACAAAACUUUAUUGUUGACUUAGUAACCAUUGAUAUAAUGUUAACUUAGCUACCAUUAGCUACCUGAAUAUAAAACAAGAAAUGAUAACAAGAAUUAUAUAUUAACAUAAAAUAUAUAAUUUUUAACCUCUUCAUUACCGAUGACGUCAAGGCAACGUCACGGUCACCCACUUUCAAUUACCAAGGGCGUCACAUCGUCGUCUUAACAAAAAUUUAAGAACUUUUCUAAAAUACCAAAGGACGUCACAUCGAUGUCAAAUUUCAAUAUAUUUCCUUAUUCGUUAAUCUAUCGAGAAGUUAAAAAGCGAAUCGGAUAGAGAAUGAAAUAUACCAAAAAUUUCAUCUUUUAAGUUUUUUGUUGCUGAGUCGGCAAAAAUCAAUGCCAAAACUCUGCGGUAAUGAAGUGGUUAAAUGAAUUAUGAAUUGAUCGUUAAUUAUUUUUACAUCAGAGGGACAUGUAGUUCUUUUUAUCUGUUUUAAUGACCAUCUGCAAGCAUUUAAAAGCGUGCUCUCCCGGCUGUUACACCGGCUGUUACACCGGCUGUUACAAAAUCUAAAUAAUCACUCUGAAAGUCAAUAUUGUCACCGAGUUUGAUUUUAUGGUAAAUGACGGAUUAAUUUUUCACUUGAGAAAUACUUUAAAUGUCAUUAAUCUUGUGUUUAAAUUGCUUAGUUUAAAAGUUUGUCUUGGUAAGAAUAUUUAUCCAUGUGCUGAAAAUGAAGUUUUUUUUGUACAUUAUAAUUUAAAUUAUACAUAUUCAUUUUUAGCACAUGGAUACAUAUUCUUACCAUGACAACAUUUUAAAAGUUUUUUUGAGAACAUUAUACAUACUUUCCACUUAUAUGGAUAGUAAAAGAAUAUUAACUUACAUAUAUAUGUUAUUAUUUUAACAAAGGUGUGUUUGUAGUUUUUCCAGAAAUUGGGAAUUUAUUGACUCAUCCAGAUUUUAUUAUUUAAAAUUAUUAUUUUUUGUUGCUGUUGAAGUCUAACAAAGGCCAUUUUAUAAAGCAGAACUUUCUUGUUGCUGUUGAAUUCUUGCAAAGGCCAUUUUAUAAAGUAUAACUUUCUUGUUGAUGUUGAAGUCUUACAAAGGCCAUUUUAUAAAGUAGAACUUUCUUGUUGCUGUUGAAGUCUUACAAAGUCCAUUUUAUAAAGCAGAACUUUCUUGUUGCUGUUGAAGUCUUACAAAGGCCAUUUUAUAAAGUAGAACUUUUUUGUUGCUGUUGAAGUCUUACAAAGGCCAUUUUAUAAAGUAGAACUUUCUUGUUGCUGUUGAAGUCUUACAAAGGCCAUUUUAUAAAGUAGAACUUUCUUGUUGCUGUUGAAGUCUUACAAAGGCCAUUUUAUAAAGCAGAACUUUCUUGUUGCUGUUAAAUUCUUACAAAGGCCAUUUUAUAAAGUAGAACUUUCUUGUUGCUGUUGAAGUCUUACAAAGGCCAUUUUAUAAAGUAGAACUUUCUUGUUUAUCUAGCUGUGGUAUGAACCUGGAGAUCUCUUGUCAGCUUGGGACAAUAUGCUAAAUGCCACCUACGACCUAGAAGGUAGUGAACUGUUCCAUUACGACAUCACAGAUGUGACCCGGGACUGUCUUCAGCUCUUAGCCCUCAAGUUUUAUGCAACCAUGACUAAUUCUUAUCGAGCUAAGGACAUCCAAACUCUUAAGUAAGAGUUCCACCCUUCAUGUAUUAUGUGAAAUUUGUUUUUGAAAAAGAAGAGUAUUGGCCAAGGAUUAUUUAUUUAAUUAAACAAUUUUUUGUUUGACACUUGAGUGAUUUUAGCAUUGAUUUAACAUUUGUCCUACAUUUAUUUAGAUGAAUUUGCACAAAGAGACAAGCCAUCAAUUUAACACAUGCCUCAAUCUAACAUUAAUCUCAAUCAAGUUAUCAUCUGGUGAUCAGAUAGUUUAUAAUAUACUUAUACAAAGUAAAGGAGAGCUUUUUGUCUAGUUUUUGCGUCCUCUCCUAUUUUUUUAUAUUAUUUUUAGGUAGGAUAUAUGUAUAUAUAUAUAUUAUGUAAAUUUAAUUUAUACUUAUUUAAAUGUUGUGUUAUUGUACUGUUUGAAGGCAUGUGCCGAAACAUUUGCUUAUGUAUUAUGUAUAACUAUUAUUAAAGCUUAAAUUAUAUUGUAUAUUGACACAAAUUGUUGGUGUCUAAUUAAUCUAUUUUAAAGCUUUAUCCAGUCCCAACACUUUUUAUAAUACAAAAUUAAGGAAGGUUAAAAAAUUGAGGGUCACAGAAGCUAUACUCAAGUGUUUAUAUGUCCUACCACUGCAGUGUUUAUAUGUCCUACUACUACAGUUUUUAUAUGUCAUACUACUGCAGUGUUAUAUUUCCUACUACUACAGUGUUUAUAUAACCUACUCCUACAGUGUUUAUGUCCUACACUAGUGCAGUAUUAUAUGUCCUACCACUGCAGUGUUACAUGUCCAACUACUAGUGUUUAUAUUUCCUACUUCUAGUGUUUAUAUGUCCUACAACUACAGUGUUUAUAUGUCCUACAACUACAGUGUUUAUAUGUCUUCAACUACAUUGUUUAUAAGUCCUUGUUACUUUACAGAGAAGCUGGUAACAACAUUACCAACCUGUUGGCUGACUUGGAUCAUUUGCUUGGUUCUAAUGAACGUUUCCUGCUGGGUCCAUGGAUAGCAGAUGCCAGGUCGUGGUCAACCGAUGAUAAUGAGGCCAAAUUAUACGAGUACAAUGCCCGUAACCAGAUCACAUUGUGGGGCCCACGAGGAGAGGUAGCCAAUUUUGUUAUUAUCUAGCUAAUAUUCUGAUUGAGUAUUUUUUUAAAAAGCAUUCAUCUUUAGUAGUAGAAUGAAGUGCUGACAGAAGUUACACAACAGGAAAAAUCUCCUUUUUAUAUUUCCAUACUGAAAAGUCAGAUAAUAACUGCUCUCUGUAAUAUACUCUCUAUAAUAUGUAAACAAAUUAAUAAACUUUUUAUAAUAUUAUUUUUUAAUGACUGGCAACAUUCAGUAUAAGAAAUAUAUUUGACAUUGACAUGCUUAUUAACAGCAAUUUAUUUUGUUAAGUGAUGAUGUAUAGUUUUAAAUCAUAAUUCAAAUGAGUGCAUUAAAAAAAAUUCAUUUUAAAAGCUAAAGAAAUGAUGGUGAAAUUUUUGUCUCUGAUAUUUUACAUCAAAUAAUUUUUCCAGAUUAAGGAUUAUGCAUCCAAGCAGUGGCAAGGUGUUACAGCAGAGUAAGUAUUCCUUUCUCUUACAGAUCUCAACAGUGCGCUCAUAAUGUCGGCUUUAGAAACAGUUUAUCAUUUACUGACUCAAAGGGAAAUGCCAUUUUGUCACACUCUUCUUCCUUUACCUGAGUGGGUCUUUUAGACCAGAUAGAAGAUUAUUGUAUUUGGCUCUCUCUGCCUGAGUGGGUCUUUUAGACCAGAUAGAAGAUUAUUGUAUUUGGCUCUCUCUGCCUGAGUGGGUCUUUUAGACCAGAUAGAAGAUUAUUGUAUUUGGCUCUCUCUGCCUGAGUGGGUCUUUUAGACCAGAUAGAAGAUUAUUGUAUUUGGCUCUCUCUGCCUGAGUGGGUCUUUUAGACCAGAUAGAAGAUUAUUGUAUUUGGCUCUCUCUGCCUGAGUGGGUCUUUUAGACCAGAUAGAAGAUUAUUGUAUUUGGCUCUCUCUGCCUGAGUGGGUCUUUUAGACCAGAUAGAAGAUUAUUGUAUUUGGCUCUCUCUGCCUGAGUGGGUCUUUUAGACCAGAUAGAAGAUUAUUGUAUUUGGCUCUCUCUGCCAGCCCUUCUUCAGAUCUCACACUACAUUCCUGUAUUUCAUUUUUUCCCCCUUUUGUUUGAUAGAAGUUGUUUUAAAGAUGCAAGAUUAAACUGUUACCAUCUAAAUGCUGAUUUGCAAUCUUCUUUAGAAAAUAAAUUAAAACUCUUUCUGUUAGGUUGAAUUACAAUUAGGUGCACAUAUCUAAAUAAAAAUGUUGUGUGUCACUGAAGUGGGGCUUCAUUGCUAGGGUUUAAAUUUCUGAUAAUUAUUUUAUAAGACUUCGAUAAUUUUAUUGCUAUUGCUGAUUAAAUUACAAAAAUAUAAUUCUGGUUUUAUCAGAUCAAUGUGACAAUAAUUGCACAAAAUAAUUCACAGCUUUUACAAACCAAGAUGGCAGUUUUUCACACAAUGGCUUGUUCAACUUCUUCAGAAUGUGAGUAACUAUAAAAACGUAUUACAAAUUCCAUUAGAAACUGUACACAAAGACAACUGUUUUAAAUGUUUGAUUUAAGAGAGACUAACACAGUUGUAUUUAAAUAAAGAAACAUUUUAAACUCGAGGAUAAUAUUGUGUUAAUUUCAUUGAUGAUGGAUUUGCUUUAGGGUACCUCAUGGGAUUCUUACAUCUUUGGUGAACAUAUCAUGGCUACAGUUGAGGCUCCAUGGACCUUCCAGUUGAAUCAAUACCCUACAGUCCCGUCAGGUGAGAAAUAUUCCUAUCAAUACCUUACAGUCCCAACAGGUAAGAAGUAUUCCUAUCAAUACCCUACAGUCCCAUCAGGUGAGAAGUAUUUCAGUCUGUGUAAUAUGAUGAACAUGAAUAGUUCAAAUGUAGAAAAAUUGUUUGGACCAUUUGAAGAAUUUUAUUUUACCUUAUCUUAUAUCGGUAAAUGGGUAAGGAUUGUUCCAAUACCAAAUGAUUGUGCCACAAUCCUACUAGGUACGAAUUAAUCAAGUCAUUAGCCCGUAGUAACAAGCAGCUGGAAAACACUUCGUUUCUGUAUUCAUGUCUUUAAUUGUAAACUAGGAGAUCUGGGGUGGACGCCACAUGAUGAGAAACACUGAUGUGAAGCAGGAGAUCUGGUGUCACUGCUCCCUUGUAGGGCAUACACCACAUGAUGAGAAACACUGAUGUGAAGCAGGAGAUCUGGUGUCACUGCUCCCUUGUGGGGCAUACACCACAUGAAGAUGAUGAUUGAAUACUUUCAUAGCGCUUGUGUCCAUGCUAUUUUAGUAUGCUCACAGCGCUCUGAUGUCCUAAAAUCUAUUUGAAGAAAAAAGUAGGCAAAUGUUUCUUAAAUGAUUUUUUAUCAUUUUAAAUUUCACUCAGAGAUAGAAGCAAACUGUCCCAUGAUUAAGGUGCUAUAGCUUCAAAGAGCGCACUCUCUCUGACUUCUUUCUGUGUCCAUCCACACUGGGAAAUCUGAGACAUGGUGGUGUUACUGCCCCCUUGUUGGGAAAUACUGAACUAAGGGACCAUCCAUAAAUAAUGUGGAGUAGGUCACCAAUUUGUGAUGAUGUAUUACGAGGGAUUCUAAAUUAUGUGGCAAAUUGUGAUGAUUGGGAGGGAGGUCUAAAAACCGCCAUAACAGCAUGCAUCAUUUAAUAGGGAUGGAGGUCCAAAAUCAGCUAUGACAAGGAGUGUCAUUUAAUAGGGAUGGAGGUCCAAAAUCAGCUAUGACAAGGAGUGUCAUUUAAUAGGGAUGGAGGUCCAAAAUCAGCUAUAACAGCAGGCAUCAUUUAAUAGGGAUGGAGGUCCAAAAUCUGCUAUAACAAGGAGUGUCAUUUAAUGAUAAAAGGGAGGUGUACAAUCCAAGCUUUACAAUAUCAUUCAUGCAGAAAUUACAUAGAUUUCCUAUCAAAUAUAAACCUCAGUUAUUGAAUCGAAAUAAGGCUGAUUCAGCUUACUAUGAGGUUGAUAUAUGUGUUAAAACAUAUUCUUUUUGUACCACAGGUAACCCUAUUGCAAUAUCUUGGGAUCUCCAUAGUAAAUAUCGUCCACUGACAAGAGACCCAUUUUUCACAAAACUUUGGGAAGCGAAGAAGAAACAGCGUCCUGGACAUGGAGAUAAUGUCUUUGAAAGGAAAAUGUCCUGGCUUCACAUGAAAUAAACAUUCCAUUUGACCAAGUUUAAAAUGAAUAUUCUGAAUGCUAUUAUACAUAAUCACCCUUUAAAUUUUUUAAAAUUAAAAUAAAAUAUCCUUCUACAGUUUUAUAUUUUAAAAAACAUUUAUUAAAAACAAAGAGCAGGGGGUGGGGUGGGGGGGGGUUUGACCAAAUGUUAUUUAUAGAAUGUUGCAUUUUGCUGCAAAUGUCACAAACUUAAUUUAUGUCCAUUUGAUUUUAUUUUUGAUAUUAAUAAGUAAAUUUUCACAUUUAGGGGUCACUGGCAAAUUACGUCAAGCUUAGAGGGGGUGGGUUGAGAAUAUGCGACACUUUGUGACAGGGGGAAAUGGGAGGGGGGGGUUUGACCAAAUGUUAUUUAUAGAAUGUUGCAUUUUGCUGCAAAUGUCACAAACUUAAUUUAUGUCCAUUUGAUUUUAUUUUUGAUAUUAUCUUCUUUGAGGGGUAUCUUGAAAAAAAUUAAUUUCAAACUAAUUAUUUUUUUUUAAAACAACAAUAAAAAUUCUAUACAAGAGAAUGAAUAAAUUAUGUCAUCAAACCAAUCAAUGUAAACUGCCCAUUUAUUAUAUGCUUUUCUCCCUUUUUGUUGCUGUCUUCUCUCCCUUUAAUGACUUUUUAUGGCUUGUAAGUACUUUAUGAAAAGAAAGUUCGCCUAAAAUAUUUACAGUACAGGAAACAUGUUGAUGGUGACCCUGUUGUGCACUUGACAUCUAUGCAACAUGCAACUACAGUGUGGGGAAACUUUCAAAUUGUGUCACAAUUUUGGAACCUUUUCUUGUUGUUUAUAUUACUUUAUUUUGCAAUUAACGUUUGAAUGUCAAUUGUUUAUAAUAUAUUUACAAAUGUAGUUUUGCCUGACCUUUGCUCAUGUAACAAAACCGGCAGAAAACCUAUUCAACACAUGGGAGAGAAAAGUUCUCAGGAAAAUAUAUGGACCAACACAAGGAUGAAUAUGGAUGGAGAAUACGAACCAACCAGGAACUGUACAGACAAUAUCAGGAUCCCACGAUAAUAGCAGAAAUAAAAAGAGGCAGGCUACGCUGGGCAGGCCACUUAGAGAGAAUGCCAAAUGACUGAGGAGUGAAGAUGGUGCGUCACCAAAAUCCCAGAGCAAAAUCGCUGAACCGUAGACCUAAGCUUAGAUGGAUGGAUUGAUGUGGGAAAAAGAUCUGCAACAACUGGGAAUCCAAGCAUGGAAAAGAAAAGCAUUAGCUAGGUCGAGUGGAAGGAAGUAGUGAGACAGGCCAAAGCCCUACAUGGGCUGUAGUGCCACAGGGAUGGAUGGAUGGAUUAGCUGAUGUGGUAAUAGUUUAGUAGCUGGUUUUGUUUUUUAUAUUUUAUGUUGCUUCACUUGUCUAGAUUUGUGAUUUAGAUAUUAUUUUGCCCUGUAACUAGUUCAUGUCUUGAGAGUCAGAUGCUGUAACACUUGAGUCUUGAGAGUCAGAUGCUGUAACACUUGAGUCUUGAGAGUCAGAUGCUGUAACACUUGAGUCUUGAGAGUCAGAUGCUGUAAAACUUGAGUCUUGAGAGUCAGAUGCUGUAACACUUGAGUCUUGAGAUCUUAAGAAUGAGUUGAAGUGAUGCAUAUGUUGGUCAUAGUUACAACUGCUGCUGAUAAUUCAAAAACUUCUAUAAAAAUAAUGUAUGUUAAUCAUGCAUUUUUUAAUAUGAUUAUUUCUCUGCAGCAUAUUUAGUAGGAUCACUAAAUCAUUGCAUCAGCAUCUGGUAACUGCAUGUUUCAUUUACUUUAUUUUGCGGGUACUUAAAAACUUUUGUAAAGCAUAACUUUUGAAAUAAAAUAUUUGACUGGGACCUAAAA